UUAACACGUAAACUCCUUUUGUUCUUUCCUGCUUUGGUUCCUCAACUCAACCCUCUUCGCAGGCAAAACCCUAUUCUAUACGAAUUACCCAUUUUCAAUUCUCUACCUCACAGCCUUGCCUCUCUCGCCGCCGCCAGCCGCCGCGCGCAGGUAUCCGUCAUCCCCUUUUUUGUUCGUACGCCACGCUCAGGUGUUCGCCGUCCCCUGUUCUCCGUGCUCCGCAAUCAUGGCUACACCUCUUAUGGCAGGACUUGCUGUGGCUGCUGCAGCUUAUGCUGGUAAAUAUGGUAUACAGGCUUGGCAUAAUCUCAGGAAUUUGCCUAAAAAGUUUUAUGAAGGCGGUUUCCAGGCUACCAUGACUAGGAGAGAAGCAGCUCUCAUACUGGGUGUUAGAGAGCGCACUCCAACAGAUAAGAUUAAAGAAGCACAUAAGAGGGUGAUGAUCGCUAACCAUCCAGAUGCAGGUGGCAGCCAUUACCUUGCAUCCAAAAUUAAUGAAGCAAAAGAUAUGUUGCUUGGAAAGCCCAAGGGUGGUGGGUCAGCAUUUUGAAGCCUGCAAAAGGCUCUCUUCAUUUGGACAGUUCAGGCAAUGACAUAUUUUUGGCCGUUGUUUCAAUCAUUUCGGGUAGACCCAAUUGUAUUAGUGACAAAAUAGAACAUGCCUAGGCAUUGAUCGAAAUGAUAAAGCUCUAUUGUAACUUGCUUCUUUCAUUGAAGUUGAGCCUUGGAGAAAGUUAUCAAUUAAAGAGAUUUUACUUGCACUUUUUUCAA